AUGGACGACUUGUCGCGACUGCUUGAGCUCCCAGACGAGCUCCUGGGCGCCAUCGUCUGCUACAUUCCCGCUGCAGCCGACACCGCAGCAUUCGGUCUGACCUGCCGACGUCUUCGCAAGGUCGUCUGCACCAGCCCGGUCUGGCGCCAGCACUGCAUCACAACAUGGCGACACUGGGAUCCUCAGUAUGAGCUUCCGGCCAAGCUCACCCAGCCGCCCCUCCAGACCGAUUGGCGACAGCUCUUUCUCCAACGCGUGAAUGACGACCUCGCGGCAGCGCUUCUUUUCCAGGACCUAGUCUCGACACAACAGAAGAGGCUACACCGGAUGCAUGAGAUCGCCGAGAAAGGCCUCAACGUCCAGGACCUUGUGCUCAACCUGAGGAAUCGGACACCUGAUGAGGCCGAGGAUGUCUUGGCCAGACGGUGGCACGCAGAUGCCAUUCUUCGGAUGAUGCAUCGAUCGAGGGCCGUCGAGGUGUGGAGAAGAUUUCAGCUCGGCGACGAGAUCACUACCGAGGAGGCUUUGUGUGCUUUCGACAUGUUCGUGCUCGGGAACGGUCUGGGUGACUUUUCGACCGUCGAGAGGCGUUUUGACAGCAUUGCCCAAUCUAUUCGAGAUCAAGAUGCCGAUUUCGAUGACAAGACUGUCCGGCAGAAGGCGCUAUUGAUUGCAGGUUUCUUAUGGUCGGACGGCCUUGUCGGGAUGCCUGCGCUGCAACCUGACGAGGCCAAUUAUCACGCACUGAGAAACAACUUCAUUACUCUAGCUCUGCUUUCGCCCAUCCAUGCGUCUCUGCCCCUGCAAUCCGUGGCAAUCUACUGUGCAGUUGCUCGAAGACUAGGUGUUAUCGCGACCCCAUCCAACUUCCCAAGACAUGUUCAUGCAGUCGUUCAGGCUCCGCCUGAUCAGACACUCGACGGGCAACCCAAGUCGACAGAUACUGGCCCAGAAUUCUUGCACGUCGACACGUGGCAACAACCCCAUCAGCUCCACGAGGAUCAACUUCGCCUCCGCCUGUUGCAGACAGGCAUACCUGCAGGUAAUCAUGACCAGCAGCUUGGGCCUGCUGAUGGCCGAGAUACCUUGAUCCGUGCUUCCCGCAACAUCCUGGUGUCUGUCAACAACGCCCGCUUGCACCAUGAAGGAGGUGAUACUCCCCCGCAUGAGCAUCCUUACGCUCCGGAUCCCGCAACAGCUCAAUACGGCGCCUUCUGGGCUAUGUCUUUACUUGUCGACAGCGACGCCGGCCUGGCUCCGCAACGAAGGGAGUUCCUCCAGGUGCUCCUACAGCAAUUCCAUAACCAGUUCCCAGAGGACUUUGCCAUUAUUCAGAAUUUGAUUUUGCCGAUGCUACAAGGUGCCCCGGAGUAUCAACGGAUGGUCGAGUUCAUUGAUAGCAUCAUAGAAGACGACUCUGAGCCGAAAGAACAGAAACUCCGGGGUGCACAGGGUGCCGGCGUCCAGUAUCGAAUUGGCCACUAUUUUGAACAUCGCCACUACAGCUACAAGGGGUUCAUCGUCGGCUGGGAUGCGCAGUGCGAGGCGGGUUCCGGAUGGAUUGAGAGGAUGCAAGUUGACAAUCUGCCUCGUGGUCGACAUCAACCCUUUUACAACAUCAUAGCUGAAGACAAAAGUCACCGCUAUGUCGCCGAGGAAAACAUACAAAUCCUCAAGCAGCAGCCUACAGAGGCGCUACUGCAGCUAGCUGGCCGGUACUUCAAGCGUUGGGAUGACCAUGAGAACAAGUUCGUGAGCAACAUUCGGGACCAGUAUCCGGACGAUUAA